AGUUGAAAAAGCAACGCCCCAGUCUGUGAAGAAGGGCGAUGUUUUGGUUUAUGUGGUAUUUAUUUUAGAAAUCUUGAACAUUUACAGCAAGCUUGAAAUAGGAUUUCUUUGUCUUCAUCUCUGCCAUUGUUCAUCUUGUCGACAGGAUCAGCAGGAUGUCUGUGACCAUGACCAGAAGUGACGGGGUCACUGUGUUCACUUUGACCCCGGACCCCCAAAGUUCUUUACCUCCAAUAUGCCAAAUCCUCAGAGGCCUCUGCUACAGCCCUGUCUGCUGCUCUGUGUCUCAGCGCCUGAAGAAGUUUCAGGGAGCUUCUCAGUCAGUCCUGGGGGCCCUGCAUAUCAUGGUUGGUUUGCUGAACAUCGGCCUUGGAACAAUCCUCCUCAAUUGUGCUUCCGUCACUUCAUGGCAGAUGCGUGACUACGAGUAUCCUAUUUGGAUGGGAGUACUGUUCAUUUUAUUCGGCAUCAUGAACAUUUUGUCUGAGAAGUUCCCAAGUCCAUGUCUGGUCAUCCUCAGUGUGACCUUGAAUCUAUCAGGAGUUGCCUUUGCCAUCGCAGCCAUCGCUCUCUACAUCAUCAACGUCUUAAAAAUCUGGUUGGAGUGGAUGUGUGAUGAUUAUGAUUAUAAUUACGAAAACAGACACAGGGUGACACCUUCACCUGAAGAAAUGACCAAAUGCCUGGAGACACAAGAUCUGGUUCUGAUGAUUUUAAGGAGCAUCAACGCUGUGCUGAUCGUCCUGGCAGUCCUGGAGCUCUGUGUCACCAUCAGUUCUGCUGUUUUGGGGAUCAAAGCUCUAAAGCAGAAGACAGAGAACAAGUGCCCUGAUGACCCAGAUCAGUACAAACCACUGCUGGAGGAAGUCACCAGUAACCCUGCAGGUUAAAGGGGACAUAUUCUACCUUUUAAGACAAGUUUAUAUUGUUCUCAGAGGUCCUCAAAACAUGCCUGUGAAGUCUGUUGCUUAAAAAAGACUCCAGUACUAGAUUUUUGCAUGUCUGAAAAGCCCUCUGUUUCAGCCCUUCUCAGAACAAGCCGUUUCUGUGUCUGUGGCUUUAUAUUGUAAUUCGCUACCUGACUCCAUCUCUUACCACACCCCUCUCAGGAAAUGGAUAUGGCACUCCUUAUGUUACAAUGUCACAGAUACUCUUAUACAAAAUUAAGGACCUGACUGGAAUUUGAACCAUCAACCUCCGAGACUAAGGUCAGACUGAGCUAUCAAGAGGAAGAUCUGGAGAGGAGUGUGGAACUUUCUUCCAAGUGGGGAGGGCCAUCCAAACCUGGGGGCGUGUGCUUACUCCCCACUUGUCAACAUGAGGUUAAAAUCUGAGAACGGUUUGUUUUAGCACACAUUUUCUGGAAGGUGGAGAAAGAGAGGGGGGUUAGGAAUGGAUUUUUCUGAUUCUUAGGGGGGGUUGUGGACAGGCCAGGUGUUCAUAUUUUUGUUAGAAAAGCCUGAAAGAGUGAUUUUUGCAUAAUAUGUCCCCUUUAAAUCCAAAUCUCUGCUUUGCGCUAUUACUGAAGAGAAAGUUUACUCCUAAGCUCUUAUGCAUCUUUACCACUGAAUGUAUUUACUCUUGAAUUACACUAAUGCAGUGAGUACAAAGUCAGCUGAAAUGUUGGGUCUUUUCUGGAGGGUUGUUUCAAAAUGUUUGCACUUAUUCUUCAGAGCACUUUGAAUAAUAAUCAACAGCCUCUCUUUGAUUUCGUCUGUUUCUGUUUUUUAAUGCUACUCUUUAUUAUGAUUGUUGAGCGAUGUGCCUCAAGGUCAGUAGUUUUGUAACUGGAAGGGAAGUCCAUGCAUGUGUGUAACACUGAUGGACUGAUGGGGUUUCUGUUUUAUUUUAAACCAUGUUAAAAACAUGAAUAAAAAUGGCUCAUA